CGCAAUGUGACCAGAUGUGACCAGAUGUCGUAUUCUCGGUGCGUGUGAUCGCAUGGCUUGGGUCAACAACAACAAGCGAAAUGCCCGGUUCAAUCCAAACCGCCGGGACGAUCGCUUAUUGGAUGCGGAGGUCACGGCCAGGCGGCCAAGACCCCAGAAGCCAGCGGGGCCAGCUGGCGAAGCGGGCGAUUCCGAAAGCGAAGAACUCAUCAACACCAAACCAGACUUUGUGCUGAGCAUGGAAAGCGAUUCUCGGGUAGAUUGGCUUCAAAUGGCGUUGAUGCAAGCAGCCGAAGGCAAAUUAAAGGCUGCAGCUUUGUACGAAGUCAUGAAGCACAAAGCCUUUGUGCCCAGUGAAGCUUCACAUCGCGGCAAGCUGAAGGCCAUGCUAACAGCGAACCUGCACUUGUUCAGUGGGAAGCAUAAAAAGGCUUUAGAGGAGGCAGCAAACUCAUGGAGUGAAGGAGGUGAAAGUCGAAAAAGACGCAAAAGCAGCUCAAGUGAGAGCAGUUCCCGCAAACGUUCCAAAAAGGAGACGGGCUCAAAAGCAGAUGAUCGCAAGAAGGGAAAAGGGAAGGAGAGCUCAAGUACCAGUUCAGAGCGGACUCCGAAAACCAAAGUAGCCAAAGGUAAGGAGAAAAAACGCAAGUCGAGCAGCUCCUCAACGGAAAGCAAGCGGUCUCGUUCUGGACGGAAAGGCAAGCGUUGAUGGGAAUCAGUCCUGCGAUUGGCCAAAGGUUUGAGUUUACGGCGAACAGCGCCGAACCUGCAACAGUGCUUUGAUUGUCCAGUGCGGAAACAGCUGAAAAGUGCAGUCUUUUCAGGACCGCAAUC